AAUAUUCAAUUAAUUUUUGUAGCCUUAGUUUAUGAAAUAUCAGAAUUGGCCGUUUGGAUUUUAUUGGUAUUGAAAAGUUAGAACAUGAUUGCCGGAGGUUUGUUUCUGAUUAGUCUGUUUGUCUAUGCCACGUGUUACGAACACCACAAACCGGUGACCCUGGUAGAAUGGGAACAGAAGUGCAGGCCGGGCGCCAUGGCGCUCAACGACUGCAACUGGUGCAAGUGCGGCUCCAACUACAAGUACAGCUGCAGGGCGAGGGCAUGCGCUGAAGUCGAUGUCUUUGGACACUUUAAUGAUGCCAUUGCUCAGAUCAACGUUGGAAUGGAAGGAAGAGGCGUCUGGCGCUCCACUGAUAAUGUCUGCGAGCCAGGAAUGGUGUACCGGAGAUCUGACCUCCUCUGCAUUUGCACCGGUGACGGGACCUGGCCCAACCCUGUCUGCAGAGACCACUUCAGGAUACUCCACAGGGUAAAACAAUCAGAACACAAAGAACCAAACCAGCAGAGAUGCACUUCCACCAGACUUUACCUUCUAGGUUGUAACGUCUGCUACUGCCCAUCCACAGGAAAAUUGGACCCCACAAUGUGCACCAAGAAGACCUGUACUGGAGAAGACGAUAUUUUAGCUAUAAAAGAACACGAGGACAUCGAAGAACAUGACGAAGAAUUGUCAAUUUACGCGACAUGCUCGACAAGCAAGAGAUACAAAUUUGGUAAUAAAAUUUGUGAUUGCUUGAAAAACAAUAGAUUGCACUGCGUUAAUUCCACUAAAACACAGUCUAAAAAUGUGACUUCACACUGCGGAAACGUAGAGCCAGGCGAGAUCUAUACUGCAAAUUGUAAUUUGUGCGUUUGUGAUGAAGAGGGUUAUUCUUACUGCACAACAAAAAAAUGCCUUCCAGAGAGACGUAUUUUCUCUAGAGAUCCCUAUAUUUUACACCAUGAUCUUGAUGAAUUAUUAGAAGAGAAAGUAAACACUACUGAGACUUGCCAACCAGGGACGGUGCAGGCAAAUAAGUGUACGCGCUGCGAAUGUUAUGUAAGGAAUGACGGAAAAACUACUUUCGCAUGUGAAUAUAAAAUCCCUAGAUGUGAUUGGAACACUGUCGGUGUUUUCGUGCACGGCGUGCCCCUUCGAUCUGAAACGGUGCUAUCUGUCUCAAAUGGUAUAACACAGAUGCGUUCAGAUUGCGUAGAGAACACGGCUUAUGAACACAACUGUUACAUUUGUCGUUGUUAUGUGGAUAAGAAAGGUGUUAAGCAUGAGGUUUGCGAGGCGAAUCCUAAAUGUGAGACCGCUGCGGUGAAAGAUUUGGAUGAUAUGCAUGGGUAUUGUGAGCCGUUGCAUGUUUAUAAGAAAGAUUGUAACAUCUGUAAAUGUCUGAGUGAUGGGAAAACGGUGCGGUGUACGUCGAACGUGUGCGAAGCUCGGCAGAGUGCAGACCAGGAGCCCAUAACGAUAGAAGUGGUGCCUGUGACGCAAGCGGGGGACCCCUGCCCAGUCGGCAGCUCCUACAAGAUUGACUGUAACGUCUGCUUCUGCCUGAACAAUGGGAACGCAAUUUGUACCACGAUCGAUUGCAAGAAAUCCAAAAGUAAUUAGAAUUAAAUUUUAAAUUGUGUAAAGACUUUGUGUUUUUUAUACCGCUUGGUAUAUAUACCUAGUUUGUUACAAGGCAAAUCAAGAAGAAAAUGAAAAUACAUAAACAAUUUAUAUUUUAUUGAUAAAUCUAAAAAUGUACACGUCUUUUGAAAUAAUUAAAGCAAAAUCGUUUCGGCUCUUCAACAUUACAAUAAAAUUGGCAACAUAAAAUUAA